CCCACCUUCCCCCUUGACCUCACCUCCCUCAUCUUCGUCUCCUCUCUCAGUUGAGCUCUGCUAGGUGCACUGUCGAGUCCCGCAGAGCUUUGUCCUUUUCUCAGUCAAGAUGUCCUGGACCCGAGGACUCGUCCUGUCUCUGCUCACUGCCCUGCUCAUCUUCACCUUUUCCAGUGUGGUGAAAAGUGCUGCAGUGCGGGAUGGCUCCAAACCAGCUGAUGCUAAAGGUGCAGCCCCGCAGGUGUUCAUGCCCGAGUCGGACGCCUCAAACUUCUUCAAACGCCGCAGCCGCCGCUCGCCACGAUACUACGCCGAGUUCCUAGCUGAGCAGAGGGUGAGGUUGGCAGCCGACAAGCGAAGGAGGGACUACAAUGAGGAGCAAAGGAGCGAGUACGAGAACUACGUUGAGGAGGACCGUGAUGAGGUAAACGAGAGAUCGAGGGAGACCACUGAGCAGAUGAGAGAGUAUCAUUACGAUGGCCUCUACCCUCGCUACUACUGGUACCACUGAGCUCUGUCCCAUGGAGAUUGGGGCUACAUCUGCCCUCAGUAAUUUACCUUGUACCAAAAGUGACCGUACUCGCUAAAGUUUUUCUCUAUUUGUCCCAUAUCAAUCUACAAGAUACAAGCUCUUCUUUUAUUUUUAUACAGCCUAAACCAUUCAAGAUGUGUGUCCAUGUGAAAAUGUAAAGUGAAAUUCAAAGUGCAGUUUUUGUAUUUUGCUUUUACUGAGUUUUUGAUAUUGUAUGUACAUACAAGCUACACACUGUUGCCUUUUCAUAGUGAGGUACUGUAUAACCAGCAAUAAAACUACCGUUUAUAUACACAGUUAA